CGCCCCAUAUAAAAGCGCCGCCGGCCUGGCCUCCGGGACUCGGCCCCAUGGAGAUGCCGCCGGCCGCGGCAGGCGCACUGAAAGGAGCUGUGACAAGUGCCUUCCACCAGUCCGAGCUGUGAGUGGCCGGUGGAGAGAGAGGCCCACCCAGGAAGCCACCCCACCAUGAGUCUGUGGGAGCUUGAAGAUGGCCACAGCUGCCAAGGGACCCCCAGGCCGGCCCAGGAGUCCACGGCUGAGGAGGCAAGGACUGCAGAGCUGCAGAUGAAGGUUGACUUCUUCCGGAAGCUGGGCUACUCAUCUGCUGAGAUCCACAGUGUCCUGCAGAAGCUGGGGGUCCAGGCAGACACCAACACUGUGCUGGGCGAGCUGGUGAAACAUGGGUCAGCGGCCGAGCGGGAGCGCCAGGCAUCGCCGGACCCCUGCCCUCAGCUGCCUCUGGUCCCCCGGGGUGGGGGCAACCCCAAGGCCCCCAUCCUGGAGCCCUCUCCCCCCGAGGAGGACAAGGAGGGCAGUGACCUGAGGCCCGUGGUCAUCGAUGGGAGCAACGUGGCUAUGAGCCAUGGGAACAAGGAGGUCUUCUCUUGCCGGGGUAUCCUCCUGGCAGUGAACUGGUUUCUGGAGCGGGGCCACACAGACAUCACAGUGUUUGUACCAUCUUGGAGGAAAGAGCAGCCUCGGCCCGAUGUGCCCAUCACAGACCAGCAUAUCCUGCGGGACCUGGAGAAGAAGAAGAUCCUGGUGUUCACGCCGUCGAGGCGCGUGGGCGGCAAGCGCGUGGUCUGCUAUGACGACCGCUUCAUCGUGAAGCUGGCCUUCGAGUCCGACGGCAUCGUGGUCUCUAAUGACACUUACCGGGACCUCCAGGGCGAGCGGCAGGAGUGGAAGCGCUUCAUCGAGGAGCGGCUGCUCAUGUACUCCUUCGUCAACGACAAGUUCAUGCCCCCUGAUGACCCCUUGGGCCGUCACGGGCCGAGCCUGGACAACUUCCUGCGUAAGAAGCCACUCAUGGCCGAGCACAGGAAGCAACCGUGUCCCUAUGGGAGGAAAUGCACCUAUGGGAUAAAGUGCCGAUUCUUCCACCCCGAGCGGCCAAGCCGGCCCCAGCGCUCCGUGGCUGACGAGCUCCGUGCCAACGCCCUCCUCUCGCCCCCCAGGCCGCCAAGCAAGGAGAAAAGUGGCCGGCGGCCUUCACCUUCCUCUCAGCCCGGCUCUCUGCCAACAGAGCAUGAGCAGUGCAGCCCGGAUGGGAAGAAGCUGGGGGCCCAGUCAUCCCCGGGAACCCACGGGGAAGGCCUGACACAGACCUUCACCCCGGCAGGCAGGAGCCUCCCACCUAGUGGGGGCAGUGGCAGCAGCUUUGGGCCCUCAGACUGGUUCCCGCAGACCCUGGACUCUCUCCCGUAUACCUCCCAGGAUUGCCUGGACUCGGGCAUUGGCUCCCUGGAGAGCCAGAUGUCAGAACUCUGGGGGAUUCGAGGAGGCGGCCCUGCUGAGCCGGGCCCACCUCGGGGCCCUUACGCCGGCUACCGCCCCUAUGGGGCCGAGCUCCCCGCCACUCCGGCCUUCUCUGCCUUCAGCCGGACCAUGGGUGCUGGCCACUUCAGCGUCCCUGCUGACUACGCACCCCCGCCGGCUGCCUUUCCACCUCGAGAGUACUGGUCUGAGCCAUACCAGCUGCCCCCACCCACCCCAGUCCUGCAGGAGCCCCGGGUGACGGGCCCAGGGGCUGACAGGGGCCCCUGGGGCGGGGCAGGCAGCCUGGCCAAGGAGCGAGCCAGCGUGUACACCAAGCUGUGUGGCGUCUUCCCCCCGCACCUGGUGGAGGCCGUGAUGGGGCGCUUCCCGCAGCUCCUGGACCCCCAGCAGCUAGCCGCCGAGAUCCUCUCCUACAAGUCCCAGCACCUCAGUGAGUAAGCUGGCCAGCCGCCCGGGCAGCACCUCCGGCCUCCGAGGGCUGCCAGGCUGGGCUUUGGGGCUUCGAGCAGGCCAGCCCCGGCCCCAGCCUAGAGGCUGGACAGAGGGAGGAUUCAAGUAGGGAAGAGAACCCACAAACCAAAGAUACUGUAGGAUUGGUUCUGGCACCCCUAGGCGUCUGCCCAAGGGGUCAGGAGCGAUCACCCUGUUGAUGCACAUUGUAUCUGUAGUUUAAGGAGACGCUGCCAGUAACGGCUGUCAGUCCGUGGCUGAGGCCCAAACCCUCCUUCUCUCAGAGGGCGGGGAGCAGAGGCCUGGGCUGGGGGCCCUCUGCACGGCCCCCCACCUCCGCCCCAUCCCUGGGAUGCCGGCCUUGGCCGGCUCGUUGGGCACCGUGUGCCCGCCCUCCGUGGGCCCUCCUCUAAGCCAAUGAGGCCUCGUCCGUGCUCUGGCGGGCACGGGGCUUCAUGUUAGUAAGCAAGAUGCUUCUUAAUAACCCACUUCCGUCCCACUCUGUGCUCCUAUCCCAUUGCCCCUGCAGGGUUAAGGGCACUCUGCCCCACCCUCUCCUCCUACCCCCUUCCUCUGUAUUCAGAGCCAUCUCGCCCUUCCCCAAGGGGGGACGCGUGUAUGUGUGUGUACAGGUGUAAAUGUUAAAUAUUUUAACUGGAAAGCCCUUGCCUCUCUUCACACAUCAAUAAAGUACAAUGUGAGCCCCUCUAA